GGAAGCUCUGUAAGCACCACCCUCUCUAAUGUUGAUUUCACUUCUCCUUGAUCUCUGAAGACCACAGUGUUUGUUUCACUGAGGAUCAUCUCAUCUGGACUAGGAUCAUGGCCUACCAAUGUAAACUUGCUGAGAAACUUAUUAUUCUCAAUGAACGGGGUCAAGGAGUACUAGUCAGGAUGAACCAUAUUAAAAAGGUAUGCACAGACCCAAAGCGAAGACCAACAUACUUCACUGAUAAAAGCAUGGAGUCUGCCAUCAAAUACAUCAACAGAAAAUUUCCCAACAUUGACUUCAGGGGUGGAAGUCAACAUCUGAGUAGCAUACAGAAGCAGAAGUCAACUGUUCUGGAGGGCCUGCACAGUUACUACGAGUCCUUCAUCGAUGUCAUGGAGUUCAGGGACAAUGUUUAUGAGUUGCUCAACACAAUAGAUGCCUGCCAGUGCUUCUUCAACAUAGCUGUAAAUUUUGACUUCACCAAGAACUACCUGGAUCUCAUCGUCACCUACGCCUCAGUCAUUUACAUGUUGAGCCGCAUCGAUGACAAGAAGUUGAUUGUGGGAAUGUAUAACUGUGCAUAUGAGCUGUCCAAUGGAAACAGUGAUCCCUCGUACCCUCGACUUGGACAGAUGUUCUUAGAGUACGACCAUCCCUGGAAAAAACUGUCAGAGGAGUUCGGUCCCCACACCAAGUCUGUGACAGAGGCUCUUCUCUCGCUGCAUAUGGUGUAUCCACGGAGGAAUCUUUCUGCUGACCAGUGGCGCGGCGCUCAACUCCUGUCACUGCUGGCUUCCCCUGCCACCAUGCUCACCCCUGCGUGUUGUGACACUAUGGCUUGUGAGUAUCUGUCCAUGGAGGUGAUGGAGCGCUGGAUCCUCAUUGGCUUCCUGUUGUGUCAUGGCAGUCUAAACAGCAAUGCUGGCUCUCAGAGUUUAUGGAAGAUGGCCCUUCGUAACGGCCUGUACAUCACAGUCAUCAGAGACGAGGUUCUCAACAUACACAAGCUCUCCGAGGAGUUCUUCGACAAUCUCAAAGGGUACAGUAAGCGCAUUCCCGACAUCAAAGAAUGUAAAGAGUAUGUCGUCACUAACUGCGGGGCGUUGCGGAGAGAGAAGCGCAGCUUCCUGAGAAAUGCUCUGAAGGAACUUACCAAAGUUUUGGAGGAUGAACCUGCACUGCUUGGACCCAAGGCUUUAUUUGUGUUUAUGGCGCUGUCGUUCUCCCGUGAUGAAGUGCUCUGGCUUGUGCGUCAUGCUGAGAACAUCCCCAAAACCAAGACACCAGAGGAUUAUGCAGACUCACAGAUGGCGGAGCUCCUGUACUACAUAGAACGGCUGCGAACUCUGCUGGCUCAACACAGAUAUAUCAUUCAACGCUACCAUCUUCAGUACUUGUCACAGUAUGAUGCUCUAGUGCUGAAUGACACCAUCCAGGGUAUGUGUGUCUGUCCAGAGGAAGAAUCGGUUCUCAUGUCGUCAUUCGUCUCAACUCUGUCUGCAAUGACUCUCAAGCACUUGAAUGCAGGAGAAGAAUUUGACCUGAAACCGUUCAGACUGGACUGGUUAAGACUGCAGGCUUACACCAGUGUCGGUAAAGCUGCUCUGGCACUGAAGGACUACCCUGAGCUCGCCAAGAUCAUGAACAUGGCCCAGUUUCACACCAGGAUGAUGGACAAUGUGAAUGAACUCCUCUGUGAGACGGCCGAUCUCUCUAUUCUCUGCUUCCACACACGUGUGUUUGAGAAGAUGUUCUCUCAGAGCAGCGAGGAUGUGUCCAUGCAGCGCUACCUCAUGGCUUUCCCACUCGUCUGUUCACACUUCAGUCAGUGUCUCCAUCCGCUCUGUCCAGAGGAGACUGAAGAAAUGGAGAAGCAAAGCUUGAAGCUGUGCGUGAUGUUUCUGGAGGAAAUUUCUCGUCAGACGUGUUCAGUUGUGCUGGAGAUAUGUGCCGAACAGUGUAACCUAAAUGAGAAGUUAUUGCCCAGACACAGUGCUGAGACCAUCAGCACAGUGCGCAAUAAAAAACUGAAGAAACCAGUACCAAAGAAAGGAGAUGUGCCUAAAGAGAAACCAGGGACGGAAAGCCUCAGGAAGGACAGAGUCAUCGUCACAAAUCUGGAUAAGAUGCACCAGUCGCUGACCGAACUCUGCGCUUCCUACAGCAUUUGUGCUGAUUUCACAGUUUUCAAACACAUCAUUGUUCCUGCUGAGUUCCUGCUUACACAGCUGGAGAUGAGACUCAACAAGGUAAUUGUGCAGAUGGCCAGUUAUAACCAGAGCACUCAUGAGAUCGCCCGACCGUCUGACCUGCUGGCUGGGAUUCAAGCGUAUGUUACGAGUCUGCACAGCCUCAGCUGUUACAUCAACAUCGAUGUCGCACGGAUGGUGAAGAAUGUCUUGUUGCAGCAGACGCAACCGCUGGACUCGUACGGAGCACAGACCAUCACAACACUCUAUACUAACUGGUUUCUUGAGGGUCUCUUGCGUCAGGCCAGCAGCGCUCUCAUAGUCCACUGUCCUAUCACACAGUGCUUUGUCAACCAGAACACUGAGAAUGAGCAGAGCUUUCAAGCUGAGGAAUACUCUGAUAUCGGCAGUUUGCGGACAUUGGCUGAACUGAUUGGCCCUUAUGGGAUGAAGUUUUUAAAUGAGAAUCUCAUGUGGCACAUCAUAUCCCAAGUUGGAGAACUGAAGAAACUUGUAAGUGAUAACAUGGAUGUCCUGGUGCAAAUGAGAGCUAACUUUGAUAAACCUGAGACAAUGAUUGACCUUCAAAAGAAACUGACAGGCUGUGAAAAUGUGUUGAAGAGAAUGACCAUUAUUGGUGUGAUUCUGUCAUUUCGGUCCAUGGUCCAAGACGCUCUCCAGGAGAUCUUGAACAGACACUGUCCAUACCUAAUGAGACCCAUCAAAAGUCUGAAGGACUUUAUGCAGCCCGACCUUGACAUCAAGAUGACACUCGGCGUGUAUGAAAUGGCGUCAGCAGCUGGUUUGCCCUGUGAGAUCGACCCUGCGCUGGUUUCGGCAAUAGCAAACAUGCAAACAGAAAACGUGUCGCUUGAGGAGGAGUUUAAAAUCACCUGUCUGCUGCUGGUCUAUAUAGCUGUGUCUCUACCCACCCUGUGCCUGGAUCCAAACUCAUUCUACAGCCGAGAACAUGGAGGUCACCAAAACAACAUCCACUGCUUGGCCACAGCUAUUAACCAUCUGGCUGCAGCGAUGUUCACUGUCCAGAGAAAGAACAUCCAGAUGCAGCUUCAAGAUUUCCUGAAGGUGGCAUCCUCUAUCUUACUGCAGCUUGGUCAGAAUGUGGAGCGAGUGGAAAUAAAGAACAGAGAUUCAGUUUAUCUCAUUCUACACAUGAUAGUGGAGCAGUCGCCGUUCUUGAGUCAAGACAUGCUGGAAAAGUGUUUUCCAUACGUGCUCCUGCGAAACGCUUACAGAGAAGUGAACAAGAUCUUCAUCCACACGACAGGCUGAACUUACUGUUUUUAUAUGUACAUAGUUUAACAAUUUUUUUCUCUGUUUUAAUUAUAUUGUCAUGAUGAUUAAUAACUUAAAGUUGUAUUUUCAUGUAGAUUAUAGUCACAAAUUCACUGAUCACCAGUAUUUGCACAAUGUUUUUGGUGUUUUGUCAGAAUAUAAGCAGAAAAACUAACAGAGAAGAAUAAGCAUCUAAACCACUAUAUAAUAUCCUGCUAGAAUCCUAAAAUAUUUUCUCAACAAUGACUGUGGUUGUACUGUACAGUGCAUAUUUGUAUUUGUUUAAAUGCAUUUAACUAUUUCCCAGCCAGCAUUUUUAUCAUUUUCACAAAAGUUUCAUGGCCCCCAGAAUAUUUUGUUGUAUGAAUAUCUGAAAUGCAAUAUAUCAAAAGAAAGAACAGAUCUGCUUUAAAAAAAAUAAAAAUAAAAAUAAAAAAACAUUUUA